GAGAAGCAACAUCUGCUCGAACACGAAAACGCCAUGCAGGAGCUGAAGGAAAAGAAGCGAAUCGCCGACAUUCGCGCCCGCCGAUUCCAGAAAGAACACGAGAAAGCAGAGCAUUUGUUGUUGGAGAAGCAACGAUUGCGAGAUGCGAAAGACGACGAGGCAUCGAGGGAGGCGGCGAGGAAAAAAAUGGAGUUGGAACUCGUCGAAAGAGAAAAGGACCGCCUGGAAAAACGUAUCGUCGGCAGAGAAUCUACCGGAUCAGAUACAUGAUGACAAGCAACUUGUUCCAUGACAAAUCUGCUCCUUUGCCUUGCCUGUCUUAUUUAGCAUCAAUAGAAACGUCCUGCUUGUUUUGCUUGCGUCAUGUAUGAGGUCGUAUUGAAGAAGAAGAUGUAGAUGACGAUAAUUAUCAUCACCAGCUUGUCAUGCACAUUCACAUUGUGCGUCGACGUGCUUGUCCUGUGUGUCGUUGUCCGGUCGAUUUGUGUUGCAUAAACCGCAAGGAAGCGAAAGAGCAGUUCCGCCUCCACAAAGACAAGCUUGCUGCGGAAGAGCGGGAUCACCUGCGUGCGGCCAGUCUGGAGCGGGAAAGACUUAUCAAAGACGCGGAGGACAAGAAGCGGCAGGAAGAGAUUCGCCAUGAGGAGCGGAAAGCGGCUCUGGAAUUGCAACGGCAAACGAAAAAAGCAAAGCAAAAACACGAAUCCGCCGAAGCGGCUCGCCAGCGGGAAAUCGAGGAAAAAAAAGAGAAGGAGGAGCAGGAAAACUUAAAGAAGGAGCGCGAGUUCCAGCACGCCGAGCGCAUGGCGAAGAUUCAGUCCGACCACAAGCUGCGCAAAGAGGAAAUUAUAGCCAAGAAACGCGAAGAGCUGCGCCAAGCGGAAGCCCAACAGGCGGAGAAAGAAAGAAUCGAAAAAGAAGAGGCUGAGGCGCGAAGGCGGGAGCGGGAAAUGAAACACGAAGAGCGCAUGGCUGUGAUUAAGGAACGGAGGCAGGAGAAGAACAGCCUGAAAAAGUUGGAGCUCAUCCAACGCCGGUCCAAAGAGACUCACGAUUUGGAAUUGCAAAAACAUGCUGCAGAAGAGCAGCGAGAGGAGCAGCGUUUAAGGCAUUUAGAACACAUGGCAGAGCUGAAAGCAACGAAAGCGGAGCACAAUUUGAAAAAAGAGCGGCUCGCGAGCGAGGAACACCAGAAGAAAAUCGAAGAAGAAUCCCGACAGAAGGUGACCCUGGCAGUGAUGGCGCAGAGGGCGCUGGAGCACGCGGAGAGGAUGAAGGCGCUGGACAACGCACGACAGAUGAGCAAAAAACUGCAGAAAACGAGGCACCAGGACGAGCUCGCCGACAGGGCACGGAGUCGCG